CUGUGCUGUGAAUGUCUCUUCUCACCCACAUAUCCCAAAAUCAGCGCUCGAAGUGAACACUCGCUGCAAAUGAGACCAUCCUGACACCAUUGUCACUUCUUUAUCUGCCGUUACCGAUAAGAACUUCGUAUCCAUCCUGGUCGAUUUAAGGGUACGGGCAAGGGCCCAGGGGUCGAACGCGAACGUCAGCUUGGAAUCUGUCAAAAACUGGCACGUUCGCAAGCUUCCACCAUCCACCACUUCAAUUUCCUCGUCCAGUCACUCCUUUGAAAAUGCUUCCGCGUCAUCAUGCGAGUAACGGAUACCCAAGGCACAAGGAGACAUACUCGAUUUCCCCCCAUAGAUUUCAGCCUAGGACAACGCCCGCAGCGAUCCGACGGAGACAUACCCUUAUAUUUCGAUCGAUUGUAGCUUUAAUUGUUUGCCUAUUCUUCUUUUUCGUCUGGCCCGGUGCCUCCAUACUUCCAGUGCUCUCGUUAGGCUUGUUAUCUUCUGGGGAAGAUUUCCAGCUGGAGACUGUACGAUACUAUGACCUCUCGAAUGUUCAGGGGACUGCAAGGGGUUGGGAGAGAGAAGAGCGGAUUUUACUUUGCGCCCCUUUACGAGAUGCCGAAUCCCAUCUACGAAUGUUCUUUGGACACCUGCGCAACUUUACAUACCCUCACCAUCUCAUAGAUCUCGCCUUUCUCGUGUCUGACUCGAAGGAUCAGACUCUGCCGUUGCUUUCUCAGCUCUUGGAAGAGCUGCAGGCCGACGAGGACCCAAAACAGCCAUAUGGAGAAAUUUCCAUCAUUGAGAAGGACUUUGGACAGAAGGUCAAUCAGGACGUUGAGAGUAGACACGGUUUUGCUGCUCAAGCAAGCCGAAGAAAAUUGAUGGCUCAAGCUCGGAAUUGGCUGCUCAGUGCUGCUCUGCGCCCAUACCACAGCUGGGUUUAUUGGAGAGAUGUGGACGUGGAAACAGCGCCUUUCACUAUUUUGGAAGACCUAAUGCGACACAACAAGGAUGUUAUUGUGCCCAAUGUAUGGAGACCUCUUCCCGACUGGCUCGGAGGCGAACAGCCCUACGAUCUCAACUCCUGGCAAGAAUCAGAAACCGCUCUGGCAUUGGCAGAUACCCUAGACGAAGAUGCAGUUAUUGUUGAAGGAUACGCAGAAUACGCCACAUGGCGACCGCAUCUAGCAUACCUCAGAGAUCCGUAUGGGGACCCUGACAUGGAGAUGGAUAUCGAUGGUGUUGGUGGUGUUAGUAUUUUGGCAAAGGCUAAAGUUUUCCGAUCCGGAGUCCACUUCCCAGCAUUCAGCUUUGAAAAACACGCAGAAACAGAAGGCUUUGGAAAGAUGGCGAAGCGAAUGCAAUUCUCUGUCGUUGGCUUACCUCACUAUACCAUUUGGCAUUUGUACGAACCUAGUGUAGAUGAUAUCCGUCACAUGGAGGAAAUGGAACAAGAGCGUAUAGCUCGUGAGAACGAAGAAAAUGAACGAGCUGAGCGAAUGAAGAAGAUCAAAGACCAAUUCGCGGACCCGAACAGCCAAUGGGAAAAGGAUAAGAACGACAUUCAAAACGAGGCCAUGAAGGAGAAAAAGGAGAAAGAGCAAGCGGAAGCUAAGGCUGCUGAAGCAUCGCGUGAAAGUGGCGCUGAUGCGAAGAAAGAGUCAAAAGAGGAAUCUAAAUCAGACUCGAAAACUGAGUCAAAAGCUGAGUCUAAGACGGAAUCUAAGCCGGAAAGCAAAGACGCCCAAGCAAAGGCGCAAUAAGUUCUGGGAUGACUGCUCGGGAUGGUUUGAAUCAUAUAUAUGCUGGAAGCUCAGACUUCGAGCCUGGGGACGCCCUGCUGCACAAUCAAUGUUGCAGAAUCAUUCUGCAACACUCUAGUUUAUUUCGACCAAAGAGCAUAAACGCUGGUUCGGAAUUGCAUAGCUGAAUCUCAGGAGAGAUAUCAGUAUUCUUGUGAUAAAUUUGGAGCGCUUCAAAAGCUUGCUUCACUGUAGUGUAAUCUGGGUUGGAGUUUUGUAAAGUACUAUAGAUAGGAGCAUUGAGAAUACCACUGCAUGUCAAAAC